AUGUCGUUCUCCUCCCUGGUUGCGGACAUUGCAUUCCGAGAUGGGAAUCGUGAUGAUUGCAGCACGUUGACUUCUCAAGGCUUGACAUCCCAAAUAGGCGGCGCACGCUCAUAUGUUAGCACUGCGGCGACCAGCGUGAGCAUAUCGGGUGACAUCUCCAGCCAGCUUCAUGCAGGCUACAGCCAUCCCCUCAACAGGACGUGGCAGGCCGAACGGCAGUUAACAAAGUCCAUGCUUAUCUAUCCCCUUUUCAUUACCGACAACCCCGAUGAAGAAACACCAAUUCCCUCCUUACCAAACCAACACCGCCGUGGGGUCAACCGUCUCAUCCCAUUCCUUACACCCCUUGUACAAAAGGGUCUACGAUCCGUAAUCGUCUUCGGUGUCCCCUUAGCCCCCAACACAAAAGAUGCCCUUGGGACGUCUGCAGACGACCCUAGCGGACCUGUCAUCCAAGCCAUCCGUCUUAUCCGCUUCCACUUCCCAGACAUCUACAUUGUCGCCGACGUCUGUCUCUGUGAAUACACCUCCCACGGCCACUGCGGCAUCCUCCGCGAUGACGGCACCCUCAACAACGCCCUCUCCAUCGACCGCAUCUCUGACGUUGCUCUCGCCUACGCCGAAGCAGGCGCCCACUGCGUCGCGCCCUCAGACAUGAACGACGGCCGCGUGCGAGCCAUCAAGCUCAAGCUCAUCGAAGCCGGCAUUGCUCACCGCGUUCUCCUGAUGUCCUACAGCGCAAAGUUCAGCGGGUGUUUGUACGGCCCCUUCCGCGAAGCUGCGGGCUCCUGCCCGAGCUUCGGAGAUCGCAAAUGCUACCAACUGCCACCAGGUGGUCGCGGGCUGGCUCGCCGCGCCAUCCAACGCGAUAUCGCAGAGGGCGCGGAUAUCAUCAUGGUAAAACCUGCCAGCAGCUACCUGGACAUCAUCCGCGAUGCGAAGGAGCUGGGCAAGGACAUGCCAGUGGCGGCGUACCAGGUGAGCGGGGAGUACGCUAUGAUCCACGCGGCGGCGAAGGCGGGUGUGUUUGAUUUGAAGUCGAUGGCGAUUGAAAGUACUGAGGGGAUUCUGAGGAGCGUGGGGCGGGGAUUGUGA